UGGGUUCAAAAAUGUAAUCAUGAUAUUCGAUCAACUUAUCAAACUAUAGACGAUUUGCAGAGCCCUGAUAAUAAGCAAUGGAUCAAGAGCCGACGCACAAGUUCAUACACGUCAAAGUGGUGGGGCAGGUUUCGAGUUUAGGAGGGGAGCUAGAGGUGUUCUUUAGAAUCAAGGAGAGCACCCCGUUGUGGAAGCUGAUGGCAGCAUACUGUCGUCGGAUUGGCAUGUACGAGGUCCAGGAUUUUGCAUUCAUUUUCGAUCAGCGCUUGUUGCGUCCCCAUCAGACACCUAAACAGGUGCACAUGGAGGACGGAGAUGUGAUAGAUGCAUUGCUGAACCAGACAGGAUCUUAAAUAGCUAUUGACGUACUAUCAGCUCUGGAUGAAACUAUGAACUGUAUUAUGAUUUCGAUCGUUCUGUAACGAGCUGGC